CAUCUCUCAGCACCCUGAACAAAAUACAGUUCCCAGGAUUCCUGGCAGGGAAACGACGGCUGUUUAAAGAGGCAGAGUAGUGUUUCAAAUGUGCAGAGGCUGCCUUCGUACCAUGGGGUGCCUAGAAAAAAGAGACGACAGAAGAACAGCAGCAGCAGCAAAAUAAAAUAAAUUACUGAAGCAAAGAGAAGACAGAAGCGAUGGAAUCUUGAAAAAGAAGGUGGCAAGACCUGUAAUGGAAAGGAGAAGUGAGAAAGGACAUUGUUUUUUUGGAAGUUUUCUGUGCUUCAAAUUGCCAAUUCAGCAAUGCAAAUUCUAAGGCAGAGGGUGGGAAGUGGACUAUGAUGCAACUUUGCGUAUAUGAUUUCUAAAAAUAGCCCCUUGGCUGAUGAUGUAGAGGCCGGCUCUAUGGAAUAAAUAGAGCCCGUCUUGGCCACCAAAACUGCAUCCCGGCAAGCGCUGAAGGCUGAGUUCUCCCUUUGCUGAGUGUGCAGCUGACAACCGAAUUAAAGAAUGGGAUCCCGCUUCCUGGCUCUGAUGUUUGCCCUGCUUCUUACCUGCCACAUCAGCUACGCAGCUAUCUUUGACCCGACCAUAGGCUGCAAAUGUGCAAAAGUAAGGUCCAGAUUCAUCCCUCCUUCUCAAUACGAAAGUGUCAGUAUUUUUCCGCCCGGAAGCGCCUGCAACAAGAUGGAAGUAAUAAUCACAAUCAGGGAGAAAGGAACCAAAGUAUGCGUCAAUCCCGAAGUAAAAUGGGUGCAGAAUUUAGUGAAGAUAGUUAAAGGAACUCAAAAGUCUGCUGCUGCUGCUGCUGCGAACCGACGUCUGUGAUGGCCUCGGAAGGCAAAAGGAUGGAUGGUGCCCCGGCCAGUCCCAAAUGUGAAGCUUGACACUUUCCCUCUCUGCUUUUCAAAUUCUGU